UAUUGGUUCUCACACUCAUUCUUGACUAUAUAUGUCUUCUCCAUUUACAUUCUCAUGUAACUUCGCUCUCUCCAUUCUUCUCCUAUUUCUUCUUUCUUCCCAAAAACACACUUCCCCCAAUCCUUUUUAUAGCCCUCUGAUUUGCUGGAUAAACACUACACAUAUGUCCCUUUAGUCAGUAUAAUACACUAAGUAACAACCUUCUUCUUCCCAUUUUUUGCUAUUUCCUAGUUUUCUCCCAAUCACCAUUCUUGAAGAACACAGCACAAAACUGUUUUUCUCAAUUUGUGUCCAAAAAAAUGAUAAGUUGGCAUGAUCUUUAUGUUGUCUUAACAGCCGUUGUCCCUCUAUAUGUUGCCAUGAUUUUGGCCUAUGGUUCUGUCCGAUGGUGGAAAAUAUUCACACCGGAUCAAUGCUCCGGUAUAAACAGAUUCGUCGCGAUUUUCGCAGUCCCCUUAUUAUCAUUCCACUUCAUUUCUAUGAACAAUCCAUAUGAAAUGAACUUCCGUUUCAUUGCUGCUGAUACACUACAAAAAGUUAUUAUGUUAGUGGUGUUAUGUUUAUGGGCUAACUUGACCAAAAAUGGUAGCCUUGAAUGGAGCAUAACAAUUUUUUCGCUUUCAACACUUCCAAAUACACUUGUUAUGGGAAUUCCUUUGUUGAUUGCCAUGUAUGGUGAGUACUCAGGUAGCUUAAUGGUACAAGUUGUGGUGUUGCAAUGUAUAAUAUGGUACACCCUUUUGCUUUUCUUAUUCGAAUAUCGCGGUGCUAAGAUGUUGAUCAUGGAACAAUUCCCCGAAACAGCAGGGGAAAUUGUGUCGUUUAAGGUUGAAUCCGAUGUUGUUUCCUUAGACGGUCAAGAUUUUCUUGAAACUGACGCGGAGCUUGGCCAAGAUGGCAAGCUCCACGUCACUGUAAGAAAAUCGAAUGUGUCUAGAGGGUCAUUUGCUAUGACCCCUAGACCGUCAAAUCUUACUGGGGCUGAAAUUUACAGUUUGAGUUCAUCAAGAAAUCCAACCCCACGAGGGUCAAAUUUCAACCACACGGAUUUCUAUGCAAUGAUGGGUUUUCCUGGAAGGUUAUCGAACUUUGGUCCUGCAGAUACAACUCCUAGACAAUCUAAUUUCGAGGAAAACUGUGCUCAAGGAGCUCUAACGAGCUCCCCAAGAUUCGGGUUUUACCCUGCACAAUCUAAUUUGGUGCCGGCUUCUUAUCCGGCCCCCAAUCUAGAAAUUGCUUCUACAGUUUCCAAGAACCCGAAAAAUCAUCAGCAACAAGUACAAGUACAUUCACAGCAGCAACAACAACAACAGCAGAAUGCUAAAGCUAGUCACGAUGCUAAGGAACUCCACAUGUUUGUGUGGAGUUCAAGUGCCUCACCCGUGUCAGAGGCCGCGGGCCUCCACGUGUUGGGUGGGACGGAUUUCUGUGCUAAUGAACAGUCUUGUCGGUCUGACGGUGCCAAGGAAAUCAGAAUGUUGGUUUCUGAUCAUCCUCAAAUUGGGGAUAGCAAAGCAAUUUCCCAAGUUGGUGACUUUGAUGGUGAAGAAUUCAGCUUUGGAGGUGCUAAUGGUGGUGUUGGAAAAGAUAAAGAUGAAAAGAAAGAAGAAAAAGAAGGUCUUACCGGCCUACACACAAGGGCUACCGGAGUUCAAGAUUCCGGUACUGGAAAAGUUAUGCCUCCGGCAAGUGUUAUGACACGUUUAAUAUUAAUCAUGGUUUGGCGUAAACUAAUCCGAAAUCCGAACACGUAUUCGAGCCUCAUUGGUCUGAUUUGGUCCCUAAUCUCGUAUCGGUGGCAUGUGCAUAUGCCCAAAAUUAUGGAGAAGUCAAUCUCAAUUCUCUCUGACGCUGGCCUUGGAAUGGCUAUGUUUAGCUUAGGUCUGUUUAUGGCACUUCAACCUAAGAUAAUCGCAUGCGGGAACACGGUGGCUGCUUUUGCAAUGGCAGUUAGAUUUCUAACUGGCCCUGCUGUUAUGGCUGCUGCUUCUAUUAUCGUUGGCCUUCGUGGUACCCUCCUCCAUAUCGCCAUUGUACAGGCUGCAUUGCCACAAGGGAUUGUUCCGUUUGUGUUUGCUAAGGAGUACAAUGUUCAUCCAGCUAUUCUUAGCACUGCGGUUAUUUUUGGAAUGUUGAUAGCAUUACCAAUCACAUUAGUCUACUAUAUUGUUCUUGGAUUAUAAGUAAGGAUCAAGCCAGGGCCAAUCUCCUAACUAAUCGAGUUCAGAUAUAGCCAAUUACGCGAUGAGCCGGAUCAGGCUAGUAUCAAUCUCCUAAUUAAACGAGUUCAGACAUAGCCAAUUGAGCAAUGAACUGGAUAUUUUGAGACGAGAGAUUUUGAGUAGAAGAAUUCAUGUCAAUAUGGCAAUAAUAGAGAGAAACUUCCUUAUCUAUGAAGACUCCCAAGGAUUUGGAGCUUAGACAAAAUGUUUGACUUUAUUAGUUUGAGACCCUUUAUUUAAGGAUCUUUUGCCUCAAUUUGAAGAAAUUGAGAGAACAUUUCAGCCAAAUAGUCAAAAUUGGAGGAAAACAAAUUGGGAUUAGUCUUAGUAUAUAUGAAGGGGACAAGGAGGCAGCAAACAUGGAGGCAAUAUUCUAGUUUAGCUCCAUAAUCAUUGGCCAGUGUAAAAAAAGGAAACUCCAAACAGUUUAUUUGUACAAUUCAGAUUGAUUUUGAGCA